AUGGUACCUACACCGAUGUUCACUGUUCUUAUUAGGUAUGAUCCUGAGUUGAUAAGUCUGCAGAGCGCCUCUUCAAGCACUCAUGAGUCAUAUGCUGAACUGCACGCAGCUCGACCUACCGCGUUGCAUCUAUCAGCAUAGACCUUGCAUCGUCUAGCUUCACUCAUUUGCCCAAGCUUGUAUUGAAGACUGCAGCAAACUUUGAGCACCAGCAGCUCACAACGUCCACCCAAAGCUCCUAGGAGCCGUUGGCGCUAUGGCCUUACUCUCGCUUGCAGUUCCUCGGCUCCAAUUGGUGUCUACACUCCUUGCGGUUCUCGUCCUGUUCCUAGCUGGCAGCGGGGCUCCAACCCCUGUCCUAGGGGCAAGUGACGAUAAGGUGCAAGCUGCGGAUGGCGCAGCCCUCCCCACAAGCUCACGUGGUUUGGAGCUGUUUCGUCAGCAUGAGGGAAUGAAGCCUCGUGCGCAGCUCUCGAACAGACGGCUCUUGCAGUCCAUCCAAUGUCCUGACGGUCAAGUCCAAUGUCCCAGCGGCAUCAAAGAAUGCUUUUAUUCGAGUGGGCAGAACUGCAACGGCUAUAACGACUGUUCCGACGGCAGCGAAGAGGACGACUACUACUGCGCAAACGUGUCCACCAGCUGCGUGUUCCCUCGGCUGAAGUGCCCCAGCCACAAGUGCUCCACCCAAAGCGUCAUCAACGGCAAGUCGGGGGCAAACAUUUUCUGGUGCGAUCGUACAACCGACUGCUUCGACAACAGCGACGAGGACCCCGCCUUUUGCGCGUCCUACGACUGCGCGAGCCAAGGCGCUGCGCGGUGCCCCGGGUCGAUCCCCCAGUGCAUGCCACGUGUCAGCACGAGGGUUGCCUACUUUUCAGGACGACCGUAUCCCGGGACGAACGGCCGCGGACAGACCUUUGGGCCCAUUCCCGAUGACGUCCCCACUGCCAUGUGCGACGGGGUGAAGGAUUGCGAGGACGGCAGCGACGAAGACUUCGAGCGCUGCUUUGGCCCGGGCCCGACCCGGCCACCCCCUAUCGGACAGGGUGUUUGUGGCUCGGGGCCCGCGUACUUCUUUCCCGUCCGCUGCUGGUUCAACAACGACCCCAUGGGCCGCUACGUCUGCUGCGAUGAUGCGGGCUGCGAUGGAUUCAGCGCCUAUGAGAACCUCGUUCCUCGCUGCAAAGUCAACGGCUACGCGCCUAAAAACUUUGGGCUUCCCGACGAGACGACCACAUUCCCCAAGGAGACGACCACAUUCCCCAAGGAUACCCCCUGCCCCUUGGUGGGCGGUUUCGCCAGCAACAGCUGCUUCAGUUCCGACGGUUCGUACCACGUCUGCUGCGCCAACCCGGACUCGUGCGCCGCGCCUGGGGCAAACGGCGAGCCUCGCUGCACCAACGAUAACUACGUUUUCUAUAACCCGUGAUUGCACAACCGCCAGGUUAGGAUCAGAUUGAGUGUACAGUGGUGUUGCUCGUCGAAGUAGAGUUCACGUCGUCCGCCCUGCUAGCAAUUUUGCUCACAUGCCACGCUGUUCCGACACAUAAAUGGUUGUAUCGUUUUCGAGACACAGGCUAGAGCUAGGCAUUGCCUUCCCCUCCUUGCGUUGUCAGGUUUUUCGUUGUAGCUGCGCUGGUUGAUGAGACGUGUGUGGAGGUAGUUGCAGGACAAUCAGGCAACCAUUGUGAGUCCGCACCCAGGUAGACUAGAAAGCAAAGGUGUACUUUGCAAGCUUUAGUUUUUCCUGCAAUCGAAGGUCUACCCC